AUGCCUGCCCAAAUAUCGCAUCGUAAUGACCUCUCCUCCGUCCUGAACCAGAUCGUCCUAUCCUCCUCAGACACUGACUACCUCGACCAACUCAUUCCUUCUAUCCGCGAAUAUAGCCAUGGAAACCGAACCACACAGCUCCUACACUCCCUUACCAAAUUCGCAGACGACCGGGAAGCGAAAAUUGAAAGCAUAUGCAACUCGACACACCAAGACUUUGUCUCUUCGGUCAACCAACUCCUUCAAGUCCGUGAGGGUACCGUCAACCUCACCCAAGAGAUUCUCGGCCUCAACCAAUCCAUCCUCGCCAGCACAAAGCGCCUAGCCGAACAAAAGAAGGCCCUGGUUGAAUCGCGCAGUCAUCGCCAGAAUAUUGACGAAACCUCUAAGGCCCUGCAGGAUUGUUUGGAGGUUCUCCGUCUCGCAAAUCAAGUUCACGAACUACUUGCUAAGAAGAACCAUUAUGCCGCGCUCAGAGCUCUGGAUGAGUUGCAGAAUGUUUAUCUCAAGGGCGUCACGCAGUAUAAGAUUGCAGAAGUUAUACAGCGAUCCGUGCCAAUGACGCAGAAGGCGAUUGCGGAUGCAGUCAUGGACGAUUUGAAUACGUGGUUAUACCGCAUUCGUGAAAUGUCGCAGUAUCUGGGUGAACUAUCACUAUUCCACACGGAUAAGCGAAAGGAGAGGCUAGCAGAGCGUAGUGAGAAGAUACCCUACCUGUCGCGGUUUAAACUUAAUUUAGCUAUAGAACUAGUGUCUGAUGAGAUGGAGGAGUUUGAUUUACUUUAUAAUGACGACCUGCAAGUGGACUUCUCGCCCUUGCUCGAGUGUAUGCAUAUACACCAGUCCCUUGGCCAGAUGGACAAGUUCCAGGUUGAGUAUGCGACGACAAGAAGACAGCAAAAGGAUCUCCUGCUGCCUACUUCCAUCACUUUACUGUCAGAAGACGGCUCGAGUCUGCAUACUUUACUGGAAGAGAUUGCUGGCUUUGCCUUGGUUGAGCGAGCCACAAUGAAGAGAGUCCCUGAGUUGAGGUCUCCUGUAGAUGUUGAAGAAUUAUGGGACUCAAUGUCUCAGACUGCCGUCGGAUUGAUUUCAAAGGCGCUGCCGACAGUUGAUAACUCGGAGGAUAUCCUUAAGAUAAAGAAUCUCAUUACUCUUUUUAUGCAAACCAUGAGCUUUGUUUUCAAGUCAUUCUCUGUUGGCCCGUUUGAUAGACUUCUUCUUACAUUAUUCGAAAAAUAUACCGAACUACUAAAGAGGAGAUUUAGUGAUGAUUUCCAAGAGCUGCUUACUUUGUAUCAGAUCGUUCAAACAGAUGACUACAUGCCCAUGCCUAUCCGGAGUGACGAGGAGUAUGACAAGGUCCUGAAUGUCAGCUGGUAUACCCCUGAGAAACCUCGAGAAGAACAAACAUAUCCUUGUGUUCUCCCGUUCUCACAGAUGUAUCCUUUGUGCUGCAUCGAUAUCAGAAACCUUCUAAACCAGUUCUACUAUUUCUCAGGGGACAACUUUAAUCAUCCAGCCGUUAUAGAUGAAACCGUUCGAAGUUCUCUGGAUGAGCUUCUCUGCAACAAAGUAUGCGAAAUGCUCACGGAGCGGCUUGGUUCGCAAUACCUUGGCCAAAUAGUCCAAAUCCUCAUCAACCUGGAACACUUCGAAAUUGCAUGCCAGGAACUUGAAGUUCUUCUAGCAGCUGCCCGAUCAUCCAACUCCGGCGAGGGUCCUAUCGCCCUUAAUGCCACGGAGAAGUUCCGCAUGAACAAGAAGGCAGCUGAGAAACGGAUUUUUGAGGUCGUCAACUCGAAGAUCGACGACCUUAUCGAAACAGCUGAAUAUGACUGGAACGCGCCCAAGCUACAGAUGGAACCAAGCAAUUACAUGCAGACGCUGACCAGAUUCUUGUCGAACAUCAUGAACUCUACUCUUCUUGGCCUGCCAACGGAGAUCAAGGAGCUUAUCUAUUUUGAUGCCCUCAGCCAUGUCGCUAAUAGGGUUAUAGUAUGUGGUCUUUUGUUUCCAACUCGACGCAGGUUGUACUUGUCUAACACUUCAAUCACCCAGGCCCUCCCACUUGAUCCUGAGGUUAAAAUAAUCAAUCCUAACGGGGUUGCUGCAUUAGCCCGAGAUGCAGACUACCUGUCGAAAUUCGUGGAUAGUUUGGAAGUCCCCAUCCUGCGAGAAAACCUUGAUGAAUUGCAACAAACUGUCCAAUUGAUGAUGGCCGAGAACACCGAUGAGUAUUACGAUAUUGCGGUGAGAAACAAGAAGUACGGACGCGUUGAUCCUAUGAACGGACCAGUCUUGCUUGAAAAGUAA